UGCUUCCGGGUUACGGUCCAAACAGUGGCCUGUCUCUCGAGCAGCCCUGCCCAGAGAGAGAGGCCAUUGGCCUUUGCUCUGGACAGGGGCGGGGCCCAGCCUUCCGCACUGGCCACCGAAACAGGGUCUUCCAGCGAGCUGAGUGGCGCCGCCAAGAGCGGAACAGAGCCGGGGAGACCCGAAGACGACCAGAGCAGCGCAGGCUGGCCGGAAGCGGAACCGAGCGGAGCCGAGCGCAGCCGGAAGGAGCCGAGGUUGCCCGAAGGGCCUGAGAGCUGCCGGGCGUUGGGCCGGGUGGAACCCGCGCCAUGGCGGCCGAGGGGACAGCUGUGGCCGGAGGCGGGGCUGUCGGAGGCCUCCUGGCCAAGGACAGCUUGCUGCAGUCUAAAUGCCCCGACGCGGCCCCAAGCCGGCGGCGCGGCUCCGCGCGGUCGCGAGACGCCGAGCGCCGAGCCUACCAGUGGUGCCGGGAGUACUUGGGCGGGGCCUGGCGCCGAGUGCGGCCGGAGGAGCUGAGGGUUGACCCCGUGAGCGGAGGCCUCAGUAACCUGCUCUUCCGCUGCUCGCUGCCGGACCACCUGCCCAGUGUUGGCGAGGAGCCCCGGGAGGUGCUGCUGCGGCUGUAUGGGGCCAUCCUGCAGGGCGUGGACUCCUUGGUCCUUGAAAGUGUGAUGUUCGCCAUUCUUGCAGAGCGGGCGCUGGGCCCCCAGCUCUACGGAGUCUUUCCGGAGGGCCGGCUGGAACAGUACAUCCCAAGCCGGCCACUGAAGACCCACGAGCUUCGAGAGCCAGUGUUGUCUGCAGCCAUUGCCACGAAGAUGGCCCGUUUCCACGGCAUGGAGAUGCCUUUCACUAAGGAGCCUCACUGGCUAUUUGGGACUAUGGAGCGGUAUUUAAAGCAGAUCCAGGACCUGCCCCCCACUGGCCUUCCCCAGAUGAACCUGCUGGAGAUGUACAGCUUGAAGGAAGAAAUGGGCAGCCUCAGGAAGUUGCUAGACACUACCCCAUCACCCGUGGUCUUCUGCCACAACGACAUCCAGGAAGGGAACAUCUUACUGCUCUCAGAGCCGGAAAAUGCUGACAGCCUCAUGCUGGUUGAUUUCGAGUAUAGCAGUUAUAACUACAGGGGCUUUGACAUUGGGAACCACUUUUGUGAGUGGGUUUACGAUUAUACACACGAGGAGUGGCCUUUCUACAAAGCGCAGCCUGCAGACUACCCCACCCGGGGACAGCAGCUCCAUUUUAUUCGCCACUACCUGGCGGAGGUAAAGAAAGGUGAAACCAUCUCCCAGGAGGAGCAGAGGAAACUGGAAGCGGAUUUGCUGGUAGAGGCUAAUCGGUACGCUCUGGCAUCUCAUUUCUUUUGGGGUCUCUGGUCCAUUCUCCAGGCAUCCAUGUCCACUAUAGAAUUUGGCUACUUGGAGUACGCCCAGUCUCGGUUCCAGUCCUACUUCCAGCAGAAGGCACAGCUGACCAGCCUCCAGCCCUCAUCCUGAUGCUCCACCUCUCAGCUCCUGGGAUCUCUCCCGGAGCCUCCAGGGCAGGACCCUGGGGACUAGGCUGAGCCCCUGCGUGAGACCGGGGUUGAGGAAGCUGGCCUCUCCAGCCCCAAGUGUGAGCAGGUCCCCACCGUGGGCAAGUGGGCAGAAGCCCUGGGAUGUGUGCUUUAAGACAAUAAACCAGCUUCUUCCUUCA